UUGACAUUCACUUACAUUUUUUUAUUUCCAUUUAAGUCACAUGUUACUCGUUAAUAGUAAUUAAUUUAUAAACUGAGUGUUUAAUACUACCAUACAACUGUUUCUUGACAUUUUCAAAUAGUUCUAGCACUUUUAAAUUUUUAGAUCAGCGUGUCUUUUUUUAGAUAUUCAUCAGUACUAUGAAUACUCCAAGCAUCAGUUUUUCGUCAUUGCCGGAAGCUUUCUUAGAUAAACAACUACUAAAAUUUGAGACUCUUUUCUACACACAUUAAAUGUGUAAAAAAUAUAAUUGACUGUAUGAUAUUUUGAUUAAUUAUUUGUAAUAUUGUUAUAAUAAUAGUAUUUUAAAAUGUUGUGAUAAUAUACUUUUCCGAUUUGUGUGAAGAGCUUCAUUUUACUUUCAAGAAAGUGGAAAAAAAAUAUUUUCCCCCAUGCGUUAUAUCUUAUUCAGAGAACAGUGACAAGCAUAUGUUCUGCAAGGAAAAUUGGCUUUCAUUGUAAAACUUUUCUCUGUAAACUAUGUCUCUUUUCAAAGCGUGUGAUUGGUGGAGUACCAGUUGUGGUGCAGAUGAAGAAUUCGAUAAAGGAUGCCUUGCUGUGGCUAAUAUAGAUAAUAAUUCUGAUAAAUCAGAUAAAAUUAUUACUGGAAGUCACAGUGGCAUUUUAAGAAUUUACAAACCUCAACCAAUUAAACAAGAAGAUGGAACUUAUUCUUCAUUUCGCCCUGAUGACUUGCUUCUAGAAACUCAAUUAAAGCAUCCCAUAAUUCAUUUAGGAGUUGGUGUUUUGUCAUCAACUUCUACACUUCUUCAGCUUGCUGUCCUUCAACCUUUUAAACUAUCUGUUUUUUCUGUUUCAGCUGUGCAAGGAAGUGUAGAACAUGGAACACAGGUUAAAUUAUCUUUGAUAUAUGAACAUAAUUUACAAAGACAUGCAUUUUCACUCAUAAUUGGUUAUUUUGGAGGAAUCCAGGGUAAAGAAAUGAUGUGUAUACAGUGUUUGGAUGGCACUUUAUGUUUCUUUGAACAGGAACGAUUUUCCUUUAGUCGAUAUCUUCCAAAGAGUCUUUUACCUGGUCCAAUGCGUUAUGUUCAAAAGACUGAUUCCUUUGUUACAGUAAAUGGUUAUGCAGUUGAGAGCUAUAGAUUUCAGUCAUUAGCCAGUGCAACCGAUGAAAACACUGAAAAUGAAAAUAUUGGAUUUAAAGGGAAAAAAGUUGCACCUGAAUGGACUUAUAUUUUAGGAGAUUCUGCCAUGGAUAUCAUAUUGGUUGAUGAUAAGACAUCUCCAACUAUUGCAAUUUUAGGUGAAAAAUUUAUAACUGGUUUAAAUUCUCAUGGCUCAAUAAAAUUUUCUAAGAAACUCAGUUUCAUGCCAAGAUGCUUUACUUGUUACAGAGAAGAGCAUCAUGGUUUCCUCAUAAUUUUGGUUGUCACUGCUAAUCAGACACUACUAAUUUAUCACGAAACUCAACUGAAAUGGGCUGUACAAUUAAUGUUCCCUCCAAUUUGUAUUAGUCGAGCUUCAUUUACGGACAUCAGAGGAAUCCUUACUUUAUUAUCUGAGGAAGGCAAUUUAGCAUGUUGUUAUCUAGGCACAGAACCUUCAUUAUUUGUAUCACCUUUAUCAGAACCUCAAGAAAUUGAUUUUAAAGUAGCUGAACAAGAAAUGGAGAGGUUAAAGAAAGUAAUUAAGUCAUCGAAUCAAAAUUUACUUGGAACUCAAAAACUGGGGAAUGAAAUAUCACUAUCGAUAACUGUUUCCAAUCAUCUAGCACCUGCGGAUAUGAAUGAAUCUAGAGAUACUACCGGAAGAACACUUGGACCUGUUCCUGCUGUGCCAAUAAAGGUGAACUUGAAAUGCAGGUCUGUUAUUCAUGAUGUGAGACUCAUGGUCCAUGUAGAAUCUCCUUUGAAAGUGUCUCAGAACGUUUUUGUGUUUGGUUCUGUGAUGGAUGGCUCACAAGCAAUCGCCAGUGUUUUUCUAGAAUAUCCAUUUAUUCCUUCAAGUUUAAAAGUUACUGCACAUGCUGUUUAUACAAAUAGUUAUGGAGCUCCUAGAAUCGUUGAUGUAUCUGCAUUGCUUCCCUUCAAUGUAGUAGCCAAAGCAUGCCCACCUGUGAAAGAAGGGGAAACAAAAGUAACGAUUGACAUCAACAAGAAACCACUUUUAUUGAAUGAGUUAUUUCCUGAAUUGUUUAUUGAUGGUGCAUCGUAUCCUGGAGGAGCUUUGGGUAUUGAAUACUUUUCAGGACAUGUGGUCACUAUUAUGCCAUCUAAAACUGCUCAACGUUACAGGAUUCAGAGUGACCAGUUCCCUGCUCUCUGGUUGGCUGUUUCUGAAUUGGUUCGGAGGCUUCAACAUAAAUUUCGAAAAGAAGCUGAUAAUGCAAAGUUAAUAUGCAGCUUUAAUUCUCCCAUUCCUUUGCAAGAUUAUUUUAAAGUGAUUGAAGAACAUUUCACAAAUCGUCAAGUGAUCCAAGAAGUGGAAGAUCUGAUUGCUCACCGAUCCCUCCAGUUUCGAGUCGUACAGAAAAGACUCCUCACAAAAUUAAAAGACAGCACACCUUCUCCUCUGAAUAAUUUAGACACUUUGUUAGAAGCAACUCAUCGUCAAAUCAUGUCUGUCACUGAAACUAUGGACAGGCACCUGAAGGCCCUGGAAAGUAGCUGCUGCGCUCUGAGUGCCGCCACAAAUUUAAUUCUUUUGCUCAUCAAAGUCACCAUCGGCAUGAAAGAAGAUGAGUGGAUGUAUCUGACGGCUUGCUUUUCUCCUGCUGUUAAUUCUGACUCCUAUCAGGGUUGGGAAGAAAAAGUGAAUAUUGCUCUGAUCUAUUUGUUGAAGCACUGUCUGGGAAAGGGCGACGAAACGAAAUUCCCCGAAGCGAAGAUGGAACCUCUGAAAGAUAUUUCGAAACUGAAGAAGCAUAUAACACUUGUGGUAGACAAAAUCAUGAAAAACACCUCGCUUGCGCUAACCGAUUCUCCAUACGAUACUGCAAGAUUCAACGCUAAUGAAAUGGAUGACCUGUCUCUUCCUGAAGGCUGUAAAUAUGUCGAUAAUAGCACUACUCGUCCAACAUCCGCUUCCCAGGCUAGUUUGCCAGAGGAUUAUUCGAAUGGUAAUGUAGAUGAAUCAGAAUACAUUCCACAAGAUGACUUCAGCAACACAUUUGAUGAUAUGGAAAAUGAAGAAAUGAUAAUUUGAAAAUGCCAAACAACGGAAACGCAGCGGAAAACGAAAUUUAAUUUCCUUCCCUGGCUUUUGUGAUUGUUGUGAUAAACUGCACUUUUCACCAAUGUUCAUUUUUUACUAUGCGAUUACUAUAAUUUAAUUAAAUGAAUAGACAAUAUUACUAAUAAUUAAUUUUAUUAGUAAGUGUUUAUUUAAUUAAUUUAUUUAUAUGUAUUUAGCUUGAGACAUAUUAAAUGUUUCUUUUAAAUGAAAUUCCCGUUGCUAAGAAUUGUCUGUAGCUUGUUCUGAAAACUGAACUUAAAUCCAAACUUGGUAAGACAAGAGCGGUAUUGAAAAAAAGAAUCCGUCCAAAAUGUUAUGCAUUCUUUAAUUUAACUAGCCUUGCUACAAUUAUCACAAGAUGGAAUUUUGAAAUUAAUUUUACCUUUAUUUCUGAAUUGUUUAACUUUUGAUAAAUUUUGCCUAUUUGUUUACUCUAUAUAGCAAUAUAGUAAUUUAAUGCUUUCAAUACUUAAUUAUUUAUUAAUUGGUUGAUUUCAUUUUCAUUUGAUGGAAGUAGCAUUUUGAUUUCUUCUAUAAAUUAAAAUUUAUUAUGAUGAGUUGUAAAUUAAAGAUUAAAAAGUCGAAAAUGAAAAAGUUUCUGCUUUUUAGAACAAUAAAAAAAAAAAUGUGCCUUAAGAAUUAGUUUGUUUAGUUUUAUUAUACCGAAGUUGCUAAUGGACAUAGUGGUUAUGUGCAAAUAAAAAUGCAAUGGCAUAUCACUUUUAUUCAAGAUAUUUAUUAACUUCAAUAUGUGCAUUCUUGUAGAGAGGCUCUUUGUAUCUUUUUUAUAUUAUUCUUUGUAGCUAUAGCAGGAAAUGUUCAUUAUAGUUAGUUAUACAUCACUUUUGUUUUUUGGAUGAUUGUUUGCAUGUUUCGCGUAGCAUUGUUUGUAGUCAUAACACAUAACAAGGAAUGCUUAUUAUAGUCAAUUAUACAUGUUAAAGCAGUUACUCAAUGAACAAUGCCUUCUGAAAAUAUGAGAUGCAUAUUGAACUUAGAUAGUUCUUCAAAUUUAUUUUAGAAUUUUUCUCAUGUCUACUAUUGAUGUACAUUUUGUCUGUAAAUGUAAUUUUGAAUUUUAAUUGUAGAAUUUUUAUUUGUACUUGUGCAAACUUUCUUUUCUAUAUACUGCAAUAGCAUUGUAUCUUUUAUGUUUAGAAUUAUACAUGUCUUCUUUUUUUUUUUUUUUUUUUCUUCCCGCGAAUCGCGAAUUCAGAGACAGACCACUGACUAGGCGGCUGCCUGUGCCCGCUGAGCUGAACAAGACUGCAGAUAGAAUCGAUCAAAAAAAUAUGUCAGCCUAGUUACCAAAUAUAUUUGUAAAAAGUACAAAUUCUAUUUAUUAUAAGAUAUUUGGACUACAAUGCAUGUUUACAUUGAAUUAUUAAAAUCAUUAUUAAAUAAACUCAAAUUUAUUUAAUUAUUUUUUAUAAUAUAUUGAAAUAUUAAUUGUUUAUUUAACUGUUAUGCUGUGUUUUUGACAAAUCCUGUGACAUAAUAAAUUUUAACGUUAUGUCUAUUUGAAAUUCAGUAACAUUAUAAAAUCUUUUAUAGUAAUCAAAUGCUUUUAUUUUUGAGUAUUAAAAUAAUUACAGCUAAUUUUCAAGAAUUUUAUUAUUUUAAAUAUGUUCCUAUAAUGCAUAUACCAAAAAAUAAAUCAAUAUAAACAUAUACCUUUUUCUCGAAGUUACUAAAAUUUAAAAUAAAAAGAAAAGUAAUAAACCAUUAAUAUGUUGAUUUAGGUUUUAAAAAAAGUUUAACUGUAAAGUUCAAUCGAUCAGCUAUGAAAGAAGCAGCUUCAAAUGUGCAAUGCUUUUAUGAAAAGGACUGUUCUUUAUUUCUAAAGUUUAAAGUCUAGUCAUAUCCUGUAUAUUCACAUGUGCUUGUUUGUUUGAUUGUAUAGGAUUAAGGAGUACAUUUGAAAAUUAGUUUGUACAUCAUUUUUUAAAAAUCUUAAAAUGUGUUAAAAAUUAUGCCUGGUGUUUUUGUACUUUUUGCAAAAGAAAAAAAAACUUGUGAAUUUUGCUGUAUACUUUUUUUUAAAAACUUUAUAUGCACUGAUAUAUUUUAUGAAACUUACAAAUAUUUACAGUGUUUGAAACUGAUAAAAAUUCUAUUAAUAUGCUUAUGGAAUUUCACUAAGUAUAUACUUUAUGUAAUGUUUGUUCAAAAUAUUGAUGUAUAUAUUUAUAAUUAAAUGAAAAAUGUAGUAUGAUAUUUCUUCAGACUUUUUUUUUUUUUAAUUUAAAUGAGAUGCUAUAAUAACUGAUGCAAAUAUAGUGGCAAAUAGAGUUGUACAAGAAAAAUAGAUUUUGUUGUGGAAACAGCCUAUUGAGGUGGUAGAGAGCUAUGGAAGAGAUAAUACAAACAUUUAACACCGAUUAUUCACAUUUUUGAUGAAUGGUAAUUCACAUGGCAUGAGAUAACAUGCUAACAAAGAUUCUCCAUUGUUAUUUUUUCAACUGGUGUAGUGUUCAAGUGCUAAUUUGUGCCAUAGAUUCACCCUAGUUAAUUGAAUGUUGGCAUAAAUGGUAUCUGCUGCUUGUAUGGAUUAAUUUAGGUAUAAAAUUUUAUUUUAUGCAGUGGUGCAUAUUGCUCAAGAUUGUUUACAACAAUUGCCAUCACCUCAACUUGCUAUUUCUGUACGUACAUUACCACUUACCUAUUUUAGUUUUCCAUCACCCUUAAAUUUGCAUCAGCAUUAAUUUAAGGACCACACUGUCUACAAAUUAUUUUAUAAAAUAUUUCAUUUGAAAAUAUAUUUUUAAUUUCAGUUAAAUGCAAUAAAUUUAAAACUCGUAACUGCAAUGUCCUGUAGCCAAUAUAGUUUGCUUCCUUCUUUCAAUAAAUCUUUAAUAGUGACUGUUGUAUAAAUUUUUACAUUUAAAUAUGAAUUUAUAAUUUAUAAUAUAUUAUAUACAUACAUAUGUAUCCGUCCAGUGCUUUUU